AUGAAGUUGUCCCAUAUCGGUGUAGUGCUGUCCUGUUUGGCUUUUGGCUGUGAUGCUUCGAGCGCGUCUGCCAGUGCUAGUGCAGUCUCAAUCGGGGCCUUUAUCAGUACACCCACAGGUACCCUGAAGGUGACAACGGCAGAGAGAUGUGCAUGCAAAGGACUUGCUCAGAUAUUCAAGAACGAAGUGAUCUUCCCAGGGAAAGCCAACUACACCGAGCAGACAGUGGAUGGUUAUUGGGAUAUACGGGCUGAUCUAUCCCCGGCAUGUGUUUUUGUUCCCGAGACGGCAGACGCAGUUGCCGGUGCAAUGAAGAUAUUCUUGCGAUGCCCAAUUCGCAGUGCGUGGCGGAGGACAUAUGAAUGUGAGUUUUUAUAUCCAUCUUCCUCAAUCCGGAUGAGGUUAGCUAAUAUUCUCGUGCAGUAUCCCGGAUCGAACAACAUCGACGGUGGCGUCCUUGUGGCGUUGAGUAGCUUGAAUUCUUAUGCCGUCCAUAAAGACACAAUUGAUGUAGGCCCCGGUCUCAAUUGGUAUGAUGUCUAUGAGGCAUUGACUCCUUACGGACGUGCCGCGAUUGGCGGUCGUAUGAAAACAAUCGGCGUUCCAGGACUGACCUUGAUUGGGGGUUUUCAUUAUUUCAACAACAAAUAUGGAUAUGCUAUGGACAAUGUCGUCAGUUAUGAUAUUGUUCUUGGCAAUGGAACUCAGGUCACUGCCACUAAGACCUCUCAUCCUGAUCUUUUCUGGGCUCUGAAAGGCGGCGCCAACAACUUCGGUGUUGUUACCAAGUUUACUUUAAAAACCUACGAUGUUCCAAAAGUUUCCACGACCAUUCAAGUCUAUAACGAAACCUACUUCCCUCAGUUCAUCGACGCUAUGUGCGAGUCUGCCAAGGUAGAUGAGACAAAUCCCAUUGCGGCUGGAAUGAUUGCAACGAUCAGUUAUAAUGCUACUACAAAAGCGGCAUCUGCCUCACUUCUUGGAGUUCAGGAAGGGGCUAGUCUGCCUCCCUCUCAAUUCGCCAAUUUUACCAAGAUUCCAGCGACAGAACGGAUCAACAAUGUGACCACAAUGAACCUGUGGUCUGCAGAGCUUGACUCACCAAAGCAAAUGUUCCGUGUCAUGAUCUCUCACAAGACAAUGAAACCCGACUCUGAUACGAUCUUUUCCAUCUACGAAGCUUGGAAGGCGGCUGUUAAUGAGAUUGCCGACGUUGAGGGACUGUAUCCAACCAUGGUACUUAACGAGAUUACUCCAUCAUCUCUUCGAGUAGCAAAGACCAACGGUGUUGGUAAUGUCUGGGGUCUCGACCCCGAGCCCCUGAUGAUCUGGCAGUUUAGUACUGGGUGGGCCUUGGCUCAAGAUGACCUUCGUGUGGAUGCUUGGUCUCGUCAGCUUACGGAACAUCUUCACUCCAUCAAUAAAGAGAAGGGUCUGGCGUCUGAAUUUGUCUAUAUGGGCGAUGCUGGAGAGUGGCAGGAUCCUUUCCUUGGGUUUCCACAGGAGAACGUCGAACGCAUGAGGGAGAUUCGUGCUGCUUACGACCCGGAUGGAGUCUUCUCUCGCCUGAGUUGGGGUGGAUUCAAACUGGGGCUCUGA